AUGAUUGUUUUUUAAAAUAAAUAUAUUAUACUAUCAGACUCAAAAGGGUCAAUAACAAGGAUCAGUGAUACAAACUAGGGGAAAAAGAUUGAGAGUUGGUUAAUAGAUAGAAGUGGACUUAGAACUGUGAUCUCUAAUAGAAAUUAAGAUACAUUAUUUACAGUAGAUAAUAAGGCAUGUAUAUAUGUGAUUAAGUUGUUGAAUAAAAAAUGGAAAAUUUCAUAAAAAAUACAAGUAAAAAACCAGAUUAGAUAAAUUAAUCUAAAUAAUUAUGAAGGAGGUUUAAUUGUUCUAGGAUCUGAUGGCUAUGCAUGGUUAUAUACUCUCAACAGAAAAGAUUAAUGUUGGGAACAGACAUAUGAAUUCUUUCCAUUUUUCGUAUGUUUAAAAAUGUGUGUAAGAGGACCUCCACCAUUGGAUUAGAUUGUAUUUGUAGAGCCAAAUACAAUUAUAUUAUUGAGGCUUGAAUACCACUUAUAUUAUGUAGAUAAUUAAGGAAAUGCUGAAUUUUAAGAACUAAUCGAUUUAUAGCCAGAAGAUUAUAAUCUAAGGAAAUAAUAGUAAAUAUUUUGUCCAUGCAAAUUGAAUGAUAAUUUGGAGUUAUUUAGAAUUAAUAUCAACGAUAGAUAACUUUUAAUUGUUCGGGAUAGAUUAAAGGGAACUUUAACACACGCAAAAUAAAAUAUCGACUUUUAAAAUCAAAGCUGCCUACAGAUAACAGAUAAAGGAGAAGAUUUAUUAUAUUCAGAUGAAACAGGAUUCUACUUGAUUACUAUAAGAGCAUCAAAAGAGAUAGUGGCUUUAAUAGAAUGA